GACUGAUUAAUAGCACUUUAUUUGUUGCAAGAUAAAAAAUUAGCUUUUUAACGAAGCUCAGCAAAUACAUUUAAAUAAAUAAAUACUAUAACAAACUAACACCAGAAUUUCUAAAAAGGCAGAGACUUCUGACUUGCCUGAAGAUAAAAGUGCAGUUAUAACCCCCAUGAAGCACUACAAAGGCAUACUGUUGUUUUUAUAAAGGUUUUAGUUAUGUUUCCUUGACAUUUAUGCGUAACCCUGUCAUUAAUUAUGGAAUUCGUCAUGGACAAUCCAUACCUAUCACACCCCCCCAGAUUUAGUUCAAAGCUACUGGUGCCCCUCAUUCAUGCUCUGGCCAUGGUCUCUGUAGUCCUUCUGCAUUCUGCUGACUGCCCAUUUCGAGAGCUGAAUUGUCUCACAUACACAGACACAACAGGCAAAGUUUUCCUCUGUGCAGCUGAAAAGCUACUGCAGCUUAGCUCCCUUAAUUUCACUUGUGACCCAGAUUCAAUCUUUUUAGGAAGAAAAAUAUCAGAGAUGUUCACUUUAGAUCAAGUAUGGCUGUUCCUCACUUUCUACAUUACUCUAGUGAGAAGUGUUCCACCUGUUGGUCUUCAGCCUGAGCAGAUCCAUCUGUCUUAUCCAGGUAAUCCUCGAUCAGUGGUCAUUACCUGGACAACCUUUAACAAGACGGACACUCUGGUGGAAUAUGGCGUGUGGGGUGAAAAGUUGUUUGAUAAGGCGACCCAGGGAAGCUGCACCAUGUUUGAAGAUGGGGGGACGGAGAAGAGAAGCCUGUUCAUCCAUCGGGUUACUCUGCAAGACCUCAAGCCUGGCUUGGCCUACGUUUAUCACUGUGGCAGUGAGGAGGGCUGGAGUGAGAUCCUCUUCUUCAACACCAUUAAGGAAGGCAACAACUGGAGCCCCAGGUUUGCACUUUUUGGAGAUUUGGGCAAUGAAAAUCCUCAGUCUUUGGCUCGGCUACAGAAGGAUGCCCAGAUUGGCAUGUAUGACUUCAUUUUACACAUUGGUGAUUUUGCCUACGACAUGGAAGAGGACAAUGCGAGAAUUGGAGAUGAAUUCAUGCGGCAGAUUCAGUCUAUAGCUGCUUAUGUUCCUUAUAUGACGUGCCCUGGAAAUCACGAGCAAGCCUACAAUUUCUCAAACUACAGGAACCGUUUCAGCAUGCCAGGAGACACUGAAAGCCUUUGGUACAGCUGGAAUGUUGGACCUGCACACAUCAUUUCGUUUUCCACCGAAGUUUAUUUUUACCUGGAUUACGGGUUGAAUUUGCUUUUCAGACAAUACCAAUGGCUUGAAAAGGACCUUAAGGAAGCAAACAAGCCAGAGAACCGGAGAGAGAGACCGUGGAUUAUAACGAUGGGUCACAGACCGAUGUACUGCUCCAAUGACGACAAGGACGACUGCACCCUGUUUGAAAGCUAUGUCCGACUUGGCCGCAACGACACAAAGCCUCCUGCACCCGGUCUAGAAGAGCUCUUCUACCUUUAUGGUGUCGACCUGGAGCUGUGGGCCCACGAGCACAGUUACGAGAGGCUAUGGCCAGUGUAUGGAUUCCAGGUUUUCAAUGGCAGCAAGGAGCAGCCAUAUGUCAAUCCAAAAGCACCAGUGCACAUCAUAACAGGAUCUGCGGGUUGCAGAGAGGAACAUGACGGGUUUGUCCCAAAGCCACGAGAAUGGAGUGCAUUCCGCAGUACUGAUUAUGGAUACACACGAAUGCAGGUGCUAAACAGCACACACCUCUACAUCGAGCAAGUCUCAGAUGACCAGAGCGGCAGGGUGAUCGACAGUGUCUGGAUUGUGAAAGAACAGCAUGGCGUGGCAGCCUGGCUUUGACCAAUGCAGAAGCUGGAUGGCGGCUCUUGACCUCUGCAGUUCUUAGUGUCAUUACUUAUGAUUUCUUCCUAAAAAAAAUUAAGAAUGGAAACUUUUUUUUUCUUUAAAUUAGGUUGAUUCCUCUCUGAUUCUAACAUUCAUGUUCAGAGGUAUUUAUCUCCAUGAACACUUAAAUAUGAGUAAAAACAGGACAGCAGGAAGACAAUGGAACCAAGAAAUAACAAAUUAGCAUGCAUUGCGUAAUAUUCAAGUUGCUCUAGACAGCAGAUGGAAGGUAAAGGGACCAGAAAAUAAAUGUGUGUCAAAGCUUAGGAAAGUUCUAACCAAUGUCUUUGCCAGAUCAAAAAAUAAACCCUAAAUUGCAGUUAAAGUCCACGUCAAAAUAGUGUUUAACACAUUGACUAUCACAAUGAAAAUAAGUGAAUUUGCUCCUGGUGCCAAUCUAAAAUCAGGGCAUUAGUUUAAUUUACUAAUUAAAUGCAUUUUGUUAUUCACCAAAACCCUAAACUCUAAAAACCAUCUAUUUGAAUUACCUCAUAGUUGGUGAAUGAAACCAAAAAUUCAUUGUGAACACCAUCUGUAUGUGGACUCAGCUGGGUCUGACAAUUCAGAUCCUCCACAAUUAGUUGCAAUCUAAUGUUGCAAUUUCCAGCGAUAUUCAGAUGGUUGCAGUUCCCCAUAUAUAAAUUGUUUCUAUGAAAAAUGUUAUCCAAAAUAAGGCUAAUAACAAAAAACUAACAAAGUGAAAUAUUCUGUUUCUGUGGUGCCAUGCUAUGCUCAGUUUAUAUCCAUUACUCACAAAUAUGCUUGUAGUUUGUACUAAAGCCCGGAGGACAGUUUACGAGAAACUGAGUAGAAGGUGGCGGUGGUUGUGCCAGUGGUCUUUGUCCAUAGAUCACCUCCUACGAGUUAACUCGCAUUUAACAGUCAACGUGUUAAUCACAAUAAACAAGAAAAGCAAAAGCACACAAAAGGGUUCUUUUUUGUUAUCCUAAUAUCAGAAGUCCUAGAAACACCUGCAGUGACCUUUUAUGCCGUUUUGAUGAUAAUGUCAAACAUCGCACAUUAGGAAGCUAAUGCUGUAGCAGUGUAGUGGGAAUUGUGCCACAAAUGGCAGUGCCUGCAAAAAUCAGGAUAUUGUCAAAAAAGAAAGAUACGAAUAAUUUUCCACUAUUUGAAAAUGCUGAAAAUGAAUUAGGCAAUCCCACAAUACAAAAAAACUUUGAUUCUAGAAAAUGAAAUAAAAAAUUAAAAAAUGAAACAAUCAUAAACACAGGGCUUUGUUAAGUGUUUUCAAAGUUGAAACAUUUACUUUUUUUUUUUUU